AUCCACCUUGUCCUUGAACCUUCAAAACACAGCUUUCCACGGUGACAAUACACGAAGCGAGACUCCUGUUUCCAUGGUUUCGUAAACAAUGGACGCCUGCUCCCCGUAGAGUGGGGACUCUGAAUAGCAUGUAGCUCGCUAGGUCGCUACUCAGAAUCGAAUUUAUCGACAGACGUUCUGUGGGUGGGCUAAGAUGAAUUGAUCCGUUGGAUCUGUAGCUGGGCGACAACACGUGCGUUUUAUUAUUUUCUUUCUCUUUUAUUUGUAAGCUCACAGCACAGCCUCAUACUCGCAGUGCACACACACGGCAUAACCCCCUUGCUAGCAAUGGCUUACCCACAGCCUCUCAAGAAGACGGGAGUGCCACGAGAAGUUUUAAAGUGGUUGCAAAGUCUUGAUUUGUCGCUUUCUACGAAGAACAUCCGCAGAGACUUUUCCAAUGGCUACCUUGUAGCAGAAAUAUUCUCCUGGUACUACCCAGAAGACUUUCCCAAGCACUCCUAUGACAAUGGAACAUCGCUACCAACCAAACUGAGCAACUGGUCUCAGAUUGAAAGGUUCCUGUUGAAACAAAACAUCAUGCUACCUAAAGAUGUGAUUGACGGGACGAUCCACUGUAAACCUGGAGCAGCAGAGCUCCUGAUUCAAGACAUUUACUCUCUACUGACCAACAGGCGCGUCAGAAGCCUCGGAGACGAUGAGGUCGACUUCACCGAUCGCUGUUACCAGGAGAACUUACCAAUGGUGGCCCGGUCCACGGCUUCCAAAGCGAUCAAGAACAACCUCCGUCUGAGCGAGGUGAUUGCCGAGCCCAGUAUCCACGCCAACAGGCGAAAGAUCGAGGCCAUCAUCUUCGCGCAUGUACGGCGGAGGCAGGCGGAGAGAGCCGAGGACCCCAAGCGCUUCAAUGUGAAGCCCACACUGGGCGAGCUGGCUGUCAGACUGCCCCCUCCAGAACAGGGGUGGAAAGAGCCCUCAUCGAGCAGGAGAUCUGCGAAGAUGUCUCCUGCCCCCAGCACAAGUAACACUAUUGUUCAGUUCAAGGAGAUUAACGUACGGCAGACAGAUAAACCAUCUGUGCUGUCCAACAUUGACAUGCCUUCGCAAAUUAAAGGAUUUUGAGGUUGAUACAUCAACACGAUUCACAAAAUAAACUUCACUUAGCAGUGUAUUAGCAAAUGUGGUCUUUUUUGUCUUUGUUUUUAAAACACAAUGAAAUUAAAAAUAUAAAUCAAAUCCACCUCACCUGGUACUGCGUAAAAUACCUCCCUAAGGAGUAGUCAUUUGUGGAAGAGGACUGAAACCCUAGAUACUUCAGUGGGUUGGUCAGUUUAAAUCCACUUGGAUUGGUCAAUGAUGGAUAGUUUAAGAUGUUUGUUAAUAUCAUACAUUUAUCAAUCCUCAGGACUCCUGUAUAGCUAUUACACAGCCUUGAAAAGUUCAAAAUGGAUAUUCUAUAUUUAAAAACAAAUAUUGGUUAUCAUUUAAUAAACAUGGAAUAUAAAGAAGCUGUUUG